CAGCUGAACCCACCAGCAACAAGUACAAAAUCUAAGUAGCAACAAAGUGCAAACCAUUAGCUAGCUAGCAACAAUGGCAGCCCUGAUCAACACGACGCUGUCCGUCCCAGCUUCCCUGACAGGCGCUGUUGGUGCGCCCCGCCCGCGGAGCCGCCUUGCCGUGGUCGCCAGAGCCGUCCGCUGCCACGAACAAGGUGGCCAAGAAUCAAGCCGCCGAGCGGUGGUGUUCGGUGCCGCCGCCGUGGCCACCGCCCUGACGGCCGCCGUCAGCAGGCCAGCGAGGGCCGAAUCCAUGCCAGGUGGGUACGUUGAAAUGGUCGUGGACGACCACGUACGGGGCCUGGGAGAGUGGGCUGUGAGGCAGCACAACAAGGAGUCGGGAGAGAAGGACGACGUGCAGUUCGGCAAGGUAGUGAAGGCGGAGGGCCAGGUCGUCAACGGCAUGAACUACAACCUUUUUAUAGACGGCAAAGACAUCAGGGGCGCCCCGGGGACGUACCUCGCCGAGGUGUAUGAGAAAGCAGCGAACAGGCCCGGCGUGCAGGAGAUCCUCAAGCUCAACGAGUUCGUACGCCUGCUCAAGUCGUCUUAAGUGAUGGAACAUGCAUGUAAACUCUUCUCUUCUCUGUCUAUCUUCGUGGCAUAUAUGUGCCACUGGUCCUCGAUCUAUAUAAAAUUGAGUUGUACUAGAACAAAUAUAUUGUGACAUGCUAAUUUAUUUA